AUUUAUUAUAUCGCUCUGGAUAUAUGCAUAGCGGAGAGGGAUCCACCGGUUACUUUAUAUCGCCAUUCCGGUGCGAGAACGGUCAGCCGCAGAAGUGUCACAAUUGCCGAUGGCCAACGUCUUCGGGUUCGGCCGCCUGCGCGGUGAGCAGAAGGACGAUGACGAAGAAAAACAGUCCUACUACACCGGCGGCACGUCGUCGCAUGGUGGUGGGAGCGGCUUGAGCGUGUACGGCAACCCUAUGGGUCAUGGUAACCCGAAUGUCGACAACAUCAUCUCCCGUGCACAGCAACAAGGUCUUGCAGCCAAUGGUGGCGACAGCGGCGGUGCCGCGAUUGUUCCAGCGCACGUUAUUACAUUCUAUGCAGAGGGGUUCACUGUCGAUGACGGAGAAUACCGUCGCCGUGACGACGAGAGCAACCGCGAGUUUCUCAGUGCGAUCGAGCGCGGCCACGUCCCACGCGAGUUGGAAGCGUUGCACCAGCGCGGAGAGCACGUCGAUAUUUCUCUCGUCGACAAGCGCCACGAGCAGUAUCAGGGCAAACCAAAGCCACAAUACGAAGCGUUUGCCGGUGCUGGACAAACGAUGGGCGCGUCGGCAGUUGAUGUGAGCGCCAUCGUUCGAGACACCAACGCGUCUGGUACUUGCAAGCCCGUGGACACCACCCAGCCCACGACUGUGCUUCAAAUCCGCCUUGCCACUGGCGGCCGCGUCCGAGAAACGCUCAACUCGGCGCUGCACACCGUCCGCGACCUUCAUGCCAUCAUCCGUCGCGAAGGCGCCGCCACACAACCGUACGUCCUUCUCGCCGGGUUUCCACCCAAGCCCAUCACGGACAUGGACGCGACGUUGCAAGCGGCAGGGCUCCUUGGUGCUGCGAUCACGCAAAAGUGGGCGUGACAAAGCGCCCGCAUGUGAUGUACCUGGCAGUAGCUCGCCGAUCAAAACCCCUUCAAUUCACGCUUCAAUGGA